UCCUCUCCUGUCACCUGUCAACUCAAAACUUGCACGUGCAGUUUGUAGUGCUUCAACAAAAAAAUAAUAAAAUAUUUUUAUUUAGAUAAAAAACUUAAUAAAUAAAUUCAAAAAAUGUCCAAUAAAUUAUUUUUGGACAAUCAAGACGUUCCCUAUGAACCAUCCGAAUCAGAAGAUGAACUUAGUGAAGGAGAAAAAGAAAUUCUAAAAGAAGUUCGUCAGGGCAAAAAUAGAAAAACCGAUUCCAAACAUGAAAUUCUAGCUUUCGAUGAAAGUGCAGAUUCUGAUGAUGCACAAGAUGCCGACGAUGCUGAUGAUAUUAUUGGUGAUAGUGAUAUCGAACGUGGCGAUGAAAACGAUGGCAUUCCCGAUUCCAAGGCCUGGGGUAAACAACGUCGUUCUUACUAUAACACAGAUUUUGUCGAUCAAGAUUACUCUGCUUAUAAUGAACAAGAAGAAGAACAAGCUCAACAGGAAGAAGAAGAAGCUAAAGCUAUUCAAUUGAGAUUAGCAAAACAACUCGAUGAAGCUGACUUCUUCCUCGAUAUGCCAACUGGCGCUGGAUCCGAUUCAGACGACGAUGAAGAAGACACAACACUCAAAUCCAAGUCGAAAAAGACUGAAAAAAGUACCAAACUCAAAUCAGAUUUGAGUAAUAUGUCUCAACGAGAGAUACAACAACUCUUUAAAAAAGAUUCACCAGAAUUUGCUGGUCUAGUUGAAGAUUUCCAAACAUAUUUGGAAGAAAGUCGAACUAUUCUUACACCGGUCAUACAAUUUGCUGAUGAACAGCAAAUUCAUUUACCAAUUUUUGACUUUGUCCGAACAAGGGACAAUAUGAUUAUGUCAUAUUGUACAAAUGUAGCUUUUUAUUUGCUUUUAAAGUCUGAGAGAAUAUCAAUUAAGAAUCAUCCAAUAACCAAGCGUUUGGUGACCUUGAAAAAGCUUAUCAAUCAAGUUCAACAAAAAUACGAGGAUAUUGUUAAGCCUCAGCUUGAAGAAUUACUGGAACGAAUUGAAAAUGGUGCAUUGAUUGACAUUGAUGUGAGCCCAGUUAAAAAGGAAGAAAAGUCAAAGAAGAAGAAACUUCGAAUGAUGAAAGAAUUCAAUAGCGAAGGUGAAGAAGAAGAAGACGAUAGUGGCGAGGAAUACGAAGAAGCGCCGAGUAGUAAAAGAGUUAAGAUGUCAAAUGAAGGUUCAACAGAUGACGAAGAUGAUGACAAAGAAGAAGGUGAAGAAGAUGAAGAGAAUCUUGAAGAAGACGAAGCUGAACGUCGUGGAAUUACAUACCAAAUUGCAAAGAACAAAGGUCUUAUGCCACAUCGCAAGAAGGAACUUCGCAAUCCACGAGUCAAGCAUCGUGGCAAGUUCAGGAAAGCACUUAUUCGUCGCAAAGGUGCAGUGCGAACAGUGCGCAAGGAAAUCCAACGAUAUGGUGGAGAAGUUUCUGGUAUCAAAGCCACAACCAAGAAGGGAAUCAAAAUCAAAUCUUAAAAAUAUUUAUGUUUUUUUUUUUUUUGUUUUUAAGCAUUCAGCAAUUUUGUUGUAAUAAAUUAAUUAAAAUUUUUUAUU